AUGAGCGUGGAAUGCACGACCGAUCCAAAUAGGUUGGCCGAAGCGUGUAAAAUGCUGCCGCUGGGCAACAUGCUGGCCGGUACGCUGGUGGCAGUGAUAUAUGGAAGCGCAUUACGCGACGCAGCUGAUGGAUGUCGGUGGAACAUGGAGCCAGUGAAGAUAAUCAGUGAUACCGGGAUUCCCCCUCAUACGGCACGUGAAAGUGUCAUUCGACACCGUUUUGUUUGUUUCUUUUCACAACGUCAGCAAGGGCAGUGUUCCUUCAACAAAGACUACGCAAUUGCCAACAUAAGCGAGUGGGCGAUCUUACCGAAAAAUGAGGAUGCAUUAGCGUUUGCUCUGUGGAAGGUUGGUCCCUUACCGGUCAGUAUCAAUGCGGCACCUAAGUCGUUCCAGUUGUACAGCAAUGGCAUUUAUGACGAUGAAGCAUCAUGUGAUAAUUCGAAAGUGAACCAUGCGAUGCUCCUGCUCGGCUACACCAAGGACUACUGGAUACUGAAGAACUGGUGGGGAAGCUGGGGAGAGGACGGUUAUAUGCGAUUGGCCCGUGGUAAAAACCUGUGCGGCAUCAGCAACUAUGCCGGCUACGUUACGGUAUGAUUUCCUUUUGUGUGGAGAUUUUCUUAAUAA